GUGAGAGUAAAUACUUCCAAUGUUUAUAUUUUCUGAUCGUUGUCAAGCAACGCAAUAACAUAUCCAAUCACGCGAUAUUAUUCGAGACUUCGUUCGCUAAUGCGAUUUUGGUUUAUAAAAUUUAGCAGUUCUCGUUUAGAAAACAAAAAAAUAUUUGCAACAUGUGAGAUUUUCCCACGUUUACACGUUUAAAAACACAAAGCGGGAUGAUCUACAAAAUAUACCAGUCGUUAUUGUUUCCACUGGUUGCAUCACUGACUUUGGAUAAUGUACUUCAUGUUCAGAAAGCACUGAAUACUCCUCCCAACGCCAAAAAUUUAGAUCAAAAACAAAUUGAUUUGGACAAGAAAAUGGAAUCACUUGCUGUAGUACCAUACAACAGUGAAAUACUGUCACCAUUUCACUUUGAUAAGAGACAGUUUUAUCUAGCAGGACAAAACAUCGUAAUCAAACAGAAGUGGGGACAACUUGGUGUGGCUGCUGUGGUGUGGGAUGCAGCUGUAGUAUUGUGUGAGUAUCUGGAGAAACAUCGCAACAUGCUGGAAGAUAAGACAGUGAUAGAGUUAGGUGCUGGGAUGGGGCUGGCUGGUAUGGUGGCAGGACUCUUAGGUGUGGGGAGGAUAGACAUUACAGACAGAGAAAUUGUCCUAGAUGACCUGCGUCAAAACAUCCAGGAAAAUGUGCACAAUCAAGUCAGUUUAAAAACAAUUCAAGUGAAAGCAUUAGAUUGGUCCCAUGAUUUGGAAAACUUCACUGAUCAUUAUGACUUAGUGAUUGGAGCAGACAUUGUUUACAUUGAAGAAACAUUUGAAGACUUACUGAGGACUAUUUCACAUCUAGCUCAACCAGAAACUGAAGUUAUUCUCGCUUCUAAAAUCAGAUACAAAAGAGAUAAAGAUUUUUAUAAAAUGCUUGGAAAGACAUUCAGCUUAGCAAAGGUGCAUUAUGACAAAGACAAAGAUAUAGUAAUAUACAAGGCAAAACUUAGGAUACACAAGGAAUUAUAAUUGAUUAACAUUAAAAUGGCAAAAUUAUUUAAGUUUACGAGGGUUGUCCCAGAAGUAAUUCACUAACCUUUUUUGAAUAUUCUUCAAUUCAGCUAAAAUUUUGUGUAUAUUGCAAUU